AUGGGUGCUGCGGCACCUCUCGCUCCUCUCGGGCAAACGCUCGAGCAGCACCUACACCACCACACCUCCUUCCAACACGAGCACUUCGUCCCCUACUACUCUUUGGCCACCUCCUGCCCUCCUCUCCUCCUCCUCCUCCUCUUCCUCUUCCUCCCUCCUCUCUGCCUGCAGAAUUCCCAACACUCUUCCGGCAAGCGACCUCGGCACAGGAAUGAAACAGAUCGAAAAGUAAAACCGAGCGAUCUCCACAACUCUCACGAUGCAUUCACCAACCCCUCACUCCCGCUGAGCCCCGCACAACCCCGUCCCGGCCCGCGACCCCCGGCCCGCUCCCUCCACGCGCAGCACUUACCACAGCCUACUCCUCUCACCACAUUCCCCACUGCCCAGAUUCCCAGCCCGGCCCGGCCCGGCCCGACAAUCACGCCACUCGCGCUCCCACGCCCUGCGCCAGUAAAAACUCAAAAGCCCAGUCAAUCGCCAGUCAUGGUUCGGGUCCCGUCUCCAGCAGAACUCCGAACCCUCAGCACGUCGUCGGCGUCUGCCCACCUCACAACGUCGCAACAAAAGUCGGUCCCUUGUUUCUUGCCAGGCGUGCGCCAGCCAGCAUGCGCAUUCCCCCGUCUCCAGCCACGAAGCUGA